CAGCAAGGAGGUCUGGCUGGCUUGGCAAAUAAUAGGGAAAAAGGGGGUUUCUGGAGUAAAAAAUGCCAACAAACCUGCAGGAUCGGCGAACUCCAGCACACACCCCUCAUGCAACGCUGACGUUUGGGGGAAAAAAAAAAAAAAAACAAAAAACAACAAACUCUUUUCUCAUUCCAGGGUGAGGAGCCAAGAUCCAACCCUCCCCAAAACCAUCCCCGCGGGAUCCUGCCCUGAUUUCCCCCCACCCAACACCUCCUCGCCCGAGCGGCUCAGCAUCCUCCGUGGGCAGACGGCAGCGGAUACGGCAGCUCCAUCCCCGCCGUACCGGGGCUCGGGAUUAGCGGAGGCGUGCGGGGCGGCCGGCGGGGCCCCUCGGCGGAGCGGGGAUGCUGCCCUGGCGCCGGAGCAAGUUUGUGCUGGUGGAAAAUGAACGUAAGUGCAAAGGCAAGAGCCUGGGGCCGGGGCUGAGCUAUGCCGCGUUGCUGGCCGGCUUCCUCCGCUCCUGCCCGGACCUCCUGCCCGACUGCCCGCUCGAGCGGCUGGGCAGCGUCUUCCGCGGCAAACGUCAGAAAGUGGAGCUGAAUAAAGAGGACCCGACGUACACGGUGCGGUACCUGGGCAACGCCGUCACCCUGCACGCCAAGGGCGAGGGCUGCACGGAGGAGGCGGUGGGCAAGAUUUGGGCUAAGAGCGACGCGGGGGCCGGCGGGGCCAAGAUGAAGCUGACGUUGGGACCCCAAGGCAUCCGGAUGACCCCCUGCGAGAAGGGAGCCCGCCGGCCGGGCCACGCGUACCUCCUGCACCGCAUCACCUACUGCGCCGCCGACCGCCGGCACCCCAAGGUUUUCGCCUGGGUUUACCGGCACCAGGUGAAGAACAAGGCGGUGGUGCUGCGCUGCCACGCCGUCCUGGUUUCCAAAGCCGACAAGGCACGCGCCAUGGCCCUGCUCCUCUACCAGACCUCCGCCUCCGCCUUCAACGAGUUCAAGCGCCUCAAAAGGCAGAACGAUUUCCGCCACGUCCAGCAGCAGCUCCUGGGCGACGCCAUCGUCCCCUUGGUCCCGCUCCGCAGGCUGCUCAACGCCAAAUGUCCCUACCGCCCGCCCGCCGAGAGGGCCCGCUGCGCCCCUCGCCUCAGCUCCAUCCUGGAGGAGGAGGAGGAGGAGGCCUUUGGCAGCGGGGCGCCCCGGGGGGACGGCGGCCCCGGCGAGCGUGCCGCCGUGCUGCGGCUGGCCAGGGAGAUGCGGGGGUGCAGCCUGCGCGGCCCCCGGCCCCCGGCGUGCUGAGCAGCGGGGUCGCCCCUUUUCAGGGGAGGAGGUGCCCUCCCCGCGCCCCAAGAUGAAGUCGGACCCUCCUCGGGGACCAGUCUGGACCAGGCAGUGGCUUCACUUGCAAGGAAGACCCUUGGGGGAGUGGGUUUGCACCCCAGGACCGCCCCCCCCCCCCCCAAACCUGCUCUUGUGCCUCCUCCGCAGCGGCCAUAAUAAAGUUAAUGUGUGUUUUCUGCCAUGUAA